AUGCCUAGUCAUACUUCUUCUGAUUGGUCCUUAACUAUGGCCACUGGUGGAGUACCAUUAAAUCUCCCUUAUUCAUCAUCGAGUAUAUCGAUCUUUUCUCAAGACGGUCGUUAUUCAAUAAUCACAUUAUCUCAUCAAAUUAGAGUAUACUUCAUAUCUACUCGUCAAUGUAUCAGAACUAUAGAUAUUGACCUUGUUGAUCUUGUGGAUAUAAAACUUGAUGUCACCAAUUCAAAUCAUAUUUUAUUAUUCAAAUCUAAUGGAGAAAUUAUUACCGUGAAUUGGAAAGAGAAAGUUUCUCAACCAAUAAUAUCAACCAUAAAGAUGAAUGUUUCAUUACCUGUCCUAUCCAUAAUUCAAGUCAAACAUUUAUCUAUUGUCUUCGUUACCGGGAAAAAGGAUAAGAAAUCAAAGAGUUCUCCUCAUACUCGUUAUAUCACUUAUUUUGAUAGAAAUCUGGAAUCAACCACUACGAUUGCAGAAGUUCCUAACUCAAUAGAAUUUUCUACUUCUUUGGAUUGUAAGAAGAUUGUAUUUGUCACUAGUCAACAUGAAGUUGUGUUAAUUGAUUUAUCUAUUUUAUUUAAGAAAUCAAAUGACGAAAUUGAUGGAAAUAUUGUAGAAGAAAUUACUAAAGAAACAAUUCCAUUCCCAUUUAAAUCACAAAUCACCUCAGUCGCAGUUUCAAACGAUUCCAUAAUUGCAAUUGGUACUUUUUCCGGUACUAUUCAAAUCUUAUUUGGCGGAUUAAUCAUAGCUGAAAAACCACAACGAUUAUUAAAAUGGCAUGUGGGCCCAGUUAGAGCAUUACGUUUCUCGGCUGAUAACAAUUAUUUGAUUUCUGGGGGGUUAGAAAAGGUAUUAGUGUUUUGGCAAUUGGAAACUGAUAAGAAACAAUUCUUACCUAGAUUAAAUGGAAGUAUUGAAAAGAUUUCAAUUGAUAAUAAUAAGAAUGAUUAUAUUUCAUUAUUGUUACGUGUUUCUUCAAGUUUAGAUGAAGAUAAUUUUGAAGUAUUGGUAUUGUCACAAAUUGAUUUGGUUUCAAGAUUGGCAGUGAAUACUAUAAGACCAAAAUUUAAUAAUCAAUUAAAGACAACUUUAGUUAAAACAAAGAAGAAAUAUUUGAAAUCUCCAGAUACUUUUGAUAAAUUAAAGAUUAGAUAUGAUUAUAGUUGUAUUUUUGAAGUUCAUCCAAAGUCAAAAAACCUUUAUUUCCCCAAUGGGGCCAGCAUUCAAGCAUUUGAUUUAAUCAAAAAUGAACAAAGUUUCAUCCAACAUGCUGCUCCUGUCAUCACUACCGGUAAAGUAAGAUCAGAAACUAAAUUAAUUGAUCCAAACGUCACGUUAAUAUCCUUCACUCAUGACGGCGAAUGGAUGUGUACAUUCGACGAAGUCUUGAAUUCAGAAAUCGACAACCUAUUAUCCAAGAAUGACAAACAAUACGCCUUGAAAUUUUGGAAAUUCAUCGAAUCCUCCUCCGCCACCACCCCUUCCACAUCCACCAACACUACAACCAAUUCCAUAAAUAACAAAACCGGUCAUUGGGAGCCCUCAACCAAAAUCCUCGAUCCUCACGGCAACAACUCCCAACCGGUCUUAUCAAUCAUCCCCGCUCCCACCUCCUAUUUCUCCGGUCUCGCAUUCCUCACCGCCGACAACAAGGGUGGAUUACGUAUCUGGCGCCCAACAGCACCUAAGGAAGCAUACACCCUUCCCAAAAAUACCACCUCCAGACAAACCGCAUGGACAUUACGUAAAUCCAAAGCCGCAGGGGCAUUGGCAUCAGAAGCAGUGGAUGUAUGUUGGUCCGACGACGGGUCGAUUAUUUUCUUAGCUCAUGAAUGUACCAUAACUCCAAUCAAUGCCCGUACUUUUGAGGAGAUUGGAUAUGAUGAGUUCAAACUCCCUGCCAUUUCAGGGAGUCGGAUUAGGAGUGUGAAGAUGAUUGAUUCAUAUUUGGUUGUGUUGUCAAAGACUCGAAUUUCUUGUUUUGAUUUGUUGACUGGAGAGAUGGGGGGUUUGGUUGCAAAAGUGAAUACUACUUUAGGUGGGAAGAAUUUGAUGGCGAUUGAUCCGGUUAGGAAAUUGAUUUGUUUGGGGUUGAAUUAUUAUAAAGCUAAGGGAGAAGAGGAAUUUGGAAUUGGAUCGAAGUUGUUGGUGUUUAAACCGGAUCAAUUGAAGCCUGUGCAUGUUGAAUAUCAUAAACAAGCGAUUUCAUCAAUUAGGUAUUUUAAUUCCUCAUUUGUGUUUGUUGAUUUAGAUUAUAAAGUAGGUACAUUACAUUCUUCCGCUGUCGCUCCUGGUGAUGAGAUUUCUCAAGAGAUUGAAACUGGAUUGGUUCAAGAAAUUAAUAAUAUGCUUACUAAUGCUCGUGCUACAGUUGAAGUCAUUAAUAGUAGAAAUGUAUCCGUGAAGACUGGACAACAGAAUGGUAGUUUGGAUACCCAAGAGGAAAUUGAUGAAAGUAUGGAAUUUAAUAAUAGAGCAAUUGAUCUUCAUACUUUCCAACCAAUUUUCCAAAAUAUUGAAGGGGUUCAAAUUGAAACGUUAUUCGAUCGUAUAGUUAAAGUUCUUAAAUAG